AUGGUGAGUGCUAAACGAAAUCAGAGUGCUACAGUGAUGUUCAUACUCUUAGGAUUCUCUGAAUACCCAGAUCUCCAAGUGCCCCUCUUCUUGGUGUUCCUGGCCAUCUAUGUCGUCACUGUGGUGGGAAAUUUGGGCAUGAUUGUGAUCAUCAGAUGCAACCCCAAACUCCACACCCCUAUGUACUUUUUCCUCAGUCACUUAUCCUUUGUGGAUUUCUGUUACUCCACUAUAAUCACACCCAAACUGUUAGAAAUCUUAGUUGUGGAAGACAGAACCAUCUCCUUCAUGGGAUGCAUCAUGCAAUUUUCUUUUGCUGUCACCUGUGUGGUGACAGAGAUGUUCAUGUUGGCAGUGAUGGCUUAUGAUCGAUUUGUAGCUAUUUGCAAUCCCUUACUAUAUACAGUUGUCAUGUCCCAGAAACUUUGUACCCUUCUGGUCACCAUAUCAUACUCAUGGGGCCUCUUUUCUUGUGUGGUCUUCACCUACUCUCUCCUUAUCUUGUCUUUUUGUGAGAUUAACAUCAUUAAUAAUAUUCUCUGUGAGUAUUCUGCCAUCCUCUCUGCCUCCUUCUCUGAUAAACACUUAACUGAGGUAAUUCUAUUUAGUCUUUCAAAUUUUAAUACCUUUUGCACCCUCAUAAUUAUACUUACCUCCUAUCUCUUUAUUUGUAUAACUGUCACGAAGAUGCCUUCAACCAGUGGGAGAUGUAAAGCCUUCUCCACCUGUGCCUCCCACCUGACGGCUGUUACCGUUUUCUUUGGAACUAUCCUCUGCCUCUAUUGUGUGCCCAGUUCCAAAAGCUCAUGGCUCAUGAUCAGAGUAAGCACUGUUUUUUGUACAGUGGUGAUUCCCAUGUUGAACCCGUUAAUAUACAGUCUCAGGAACAAAGAUGUGAAGGAAACGUUCAGGAAAUUAAUGGUUAUCAAAAUAUUUUCUUGCUAA